UAGUUAAAUCUACAAGUCAAUCAUAGAUUAUUGGAUUGGAGUGUUUGUUUGCCAUUAAUAUAAUUCCAGCAACAUUUUAGAGUACAACAUUGAUUUGCUGGAAUUUACACAAACAAACACAAUUAAAGAUGACUAAUGAUAAGGGAGUUGAAUGGAGAAUUAAGGUAGAAGAUGGUCCAUGGAAAAGAGCUGGAAUUUCUUGUAGCAUGUGGACAUUUAUAACAAGUUUUUAUUUCAAGUUAUGCAAAUUUGUGAAGAAAGCUUGGGAUAUAGGUGUUAAUGAUCCAAGAAAAUUUAUCCACUGUGUGAAAGUAGGGUUAGCACUUGCAGUUGUCUCACUUUUCUACUACUUGAAGCCUUUAUAUGAUGGAGUCGGAAAAAAUGCUAUGUGGGCUGUCAUGACCGUGAUCGUAGUUUUUGAGUACACCGCCGGUGCUACAAUAUAUAAAAGUAUAAACAGAAUAUGUGGAACUACUCUUGCUGGACUUCUAGCCUUAGGUGUACAAUGGGUUGCCAGUAGAGCAGGAGCAGAAUGGGAGCCUGUAAUUGUUGGAGCCUCACUCUUUCUGCUAGCUUCUGCGGUGACAUUCUCAAGAUUCAUUCCAACUAUAAAGGCUCGUUUUGAUUAUGGUGCUCUGAUAUUUAUUUUAACUUUCAGCUUGGUUUCAGUAUCUGGUUAUCGGAUCGAUGAAUUGUUUACUUUGGCAAACCAAAGAAUCUCCACUAUUAUAAUUGGAACUUCAUUGUGUAUAAUUGUUAGCACAACUAUUCGUCCUGUUUGGGCUGGUCAAGAACUUUAUGUUUUAGUAACCGGAAAUCUCGACAAGCUCGCUGAUUCUUUAGAAGGUUGUGUGGCUCAAUACUUUGAAGCCCAAACAUCUAGUGAGGACUCUAACAAAAAUCUCAUGGGUUAUAAGUGUGUGUUAAACUCCAAAGCAACCGAAGAAUCACAGGCUAAUUUAGCUAGAUGGGAACCUACCCAUGGACGCUUCAAUUUUUGUCACCCAUGGAAGCAAUAUCUAAAAAUUGGUGCCACAAUGCGUAGAUGUGCUUUUUGCAUUGAUGCUCUUUUUGGAUGCAUAAAUUCAGAAAACAAGACCUCAAAUGACAUCAAGAAGAUUAUGAGCAUAACCUCAAUGAAAGUGGGAAUCAACUCUACAAAUGUCUUAAAAGAGUUGGCAAUUACAAUAAAGAAUAUGAGAAAAUCAAAUAAACUUGAUCUUCUAGUCAUGGAGAUGAAUAAUGCUGCACAAGAGCUUCAAAAUUUAUUAAAAUCUUAUCCAAACACACAAAAUAAUCCAAAAGAAGCAUCCCUUGGUGAAGCAAAAAUUGAAAUCCCAAUUAUGGAAAUUAUUCAAGUGGGCACAAUAGUUUCUUUGCUUAGUGAAAUUGUAACACGUGUGGAAGACAUUGUGAAAGAAGUUGAAGAAUUAUCAAAUUUAGCUAAAUUCAAAGAACCAAAGACUAAGUGUGACAAAUCCAAACAACAUUCAAUGGAUAGCAAGAUCUCUCCAGAACAACAGAAUGAUGAGGAAGUUAUUAUCAAAACACUUCAAAUGGUUUGAAUAAUGAGGAAAAAUAAAUAAAUAAAUAAGCAAUACAUAUAUUUGUGUAUAUAAUCUUUGAUCUAUGACAUAUUGCAUGAUGUUACAUGUAUAAGAGAUCGGUUAUGUUAUAUAUACAAGAAGAAAAAUGGAAGUACCAAUUACAAACCAGUUGUGUUUGUCUAUGUGUAAACAUAAUUACCUCCAAAAAUCAUCAAUAUUGCAUUACUAUUUUUGUUUUAAUUUGGAAAUCAAUUUAAGAUGAUACAUUGAAAAUGUGUUG